AGAAUAUAUUUUUUGUGAUACUUAUUAACCGUCAAAAAUACUAUUUAUUUUGACACUUAUUGACUAUAAAAAAUUCUCAACAAAAAGUUUUUAACAAAGAAUGAUAUGAGAUCUUGAAACUGAAGAAUAAACUGAGAUUUUGAAGAUGAAAAAUAAGUAGUAUGAUCCCAAACUGAGAACAGUGUGAUGCCAAAAUUGACGGAGCUCAACGAAAAAAAAGGAAUAAUAGAGUAUGUUGAAAACAAAUGAGUGUCAAAAUUGAAGAAUAAUUUUCUACAAUUAAAUUAUAAAUAAAAAAAACAUAAAAAAUUUGACAUUUGUGAUAUUUGUCAAAAAUAUAUAUUAAUUUUUAUACUUAACUAUGACUGUUAAAAAAAAUCAUGUUAAAAUAGCUCUCAUUUCUUGUAGGAUCAUUCACUAGUUAUACCAUUUUUUUUUUAAACAUAUACAUUGCAGCAUUAAUAUUGAUGGAGAAAGGCACUGUGGCAAUAAUUGGUCCACAGUACUCAGAAAUGGCACAUGUAAUCUCACACAUUGCAAAUGAGAUGCAAGUUCCUCUCUUAUCAUUUGCAGCAACAGAUCCUACACUCACUUCUCUCCAAUUCCCAUAUUUUGUUAGAACAACACAGAGUGAUCUUUAUCAAAUGUCUGCAGUGGCAGAUAUUGUUGAUCACUUCCAAUGGAGAGAUGUGAUUGCAAUCUUCAUUGAUGAUGAUCAUGGAAGAAAUGGGGUUGCUGCAUUAGGUGAUAAGCUUGCCGAAAAACGUUGCAAGAUAUCAUAUAAAGUACCCUUUAGGCCUAAUAAUAAUAACAACAUUAGUGAAGAAGAAAUAAACAAUGCAUUAUUCAAGAUAGCUUUGAUGGAAUCAAGGGUAAUAGUUGUUCAUAUAGUAGCAGAUUUAGGGUUAAAAGUUCUUAAGGUUGCUCAAUCACUUAGCAUGAUGGGGAGUGGUUAUGUGUGGAUAGCCACUGAUUGGCUUUCCACUGUGUUAGAUUCAAACCCUUCAUUGUCCACAAGUUCAGCCAUGAAUGACAUCCAAGGUGUUAUUACCUUGCGCAUGUAUACACCUGAUUCAGAAUUGAAGAGGAAAUUUGUGUCUAGGUGGAAUAACCUAACCCUAAAAAUGAAUCAUCAAGAGGGUCCUUUUGGAUUGAACACCUUUGGUUUAUAUGCUUAUGACACUGUUUGGGUCAUAGCUUAUGCUCUUGAUGCUUUGUUUUCUGGGGGAAAUAAUAAUAAUAAUAAUAAUAACAACAAUCAUAAUAUUUUAUUCUCAAAUGAUUCAAGUCUAAACUUGUUAAGGGGUGACUCACUUCAUCUUGAUACUAUGGGGGUGUUUAUAAAUGGUAGCACAUUGCUUCAGAAGAUUCUAGAAGUUAAUCAAACCGGUUUAACCGGGCGGAUGAUGUUUGAUUUAGAUGGAAACUUGUUGAACCCAUCAUAUGAGAUCAUUAAUGUGAUUGGAACUGGGGUUAGGAGGAUUGGAUAUUGGUCAGAAUCAUAUGGUCUUCACACUGGUGAAGAAGUUCCAAAUGAUGGAAAUUCAAGUGAAGGGCUUUAUGGUGUGAUAUGGCCUGGCCAAACAACACAAACACCUAGAGGUUGGGUUUUUGCUAGCAAUGGAAGACAUUUGAGAAUUGGAGUGCCACUUAGGGUUAGCUACCAUGAGUUUGUGUCAAGAAUUGAAGGCACUGACAUGUUUGGUGGUUAUUGCAUUGAUGUGUUUUUUGCAGCACUAAACUUGUUGCCUUAUCCAGUUCCAUACAAAUUUGUUUCUUUUGGUAAUGGGAGAACCAAUCCCUUGAAUUCAGAACUUCUCCAUCAGAUCACAAUUGGUGUGUUUGAUGCUGUGGUUGGGGACAUUACUAUUACUACAAACAGAACAAAGGUAGUGGAUUUCACUCAACCAUAUAUUGAAUCAGGACUAGUUGUUGUGGCACCUAUCAAGAAAAUGAAAUCAAGUGCAUGGGCCUUCCUCACACCAUUUACUCCAAUGAUGUGGUUUGUCACAGCAACCUUUUUCUUAGUUGUUGGAGUUGUUAUCUGGAUUUUAGAGCGCCGUGUCAAUGAUGAUUUUAGAGGACCUCCUAGAAGACAGUUAGUCACUAUUAUUUGGUUUAGCUUUUCAACUUUAUUUUUUGCACAUAGAGAAAAAACUGUUAGCACUCUUGGUCGCAUAGUCCUAAUCAUAUGGCUGUUUGUGGUUUUAAUACUGAAUUCAAGCUACAUUGCAAGCCUAACAUCAAUUCUCACAGUGGAACAACUCUCUUCCCCAGUGAAAGGGAUUGAAAGCUUAGUGAUAAGCAAUGACCGAAUUGGUUUCUUAAGAGGUUCAUUUGCUGAGAAUUAUCUUAGUGAUGAACUUAACAUACAUAGGUCAAGGCUUGUUCCUCUGAAUGACCCUUCAGAAUAUGAGAAGGCAUUGAAGGAUGGAGCUGCUAAUGGUGGUGUUGCUGCAAUCAUAGAUGAACGAGCAUACAUGGAGCUGUUCUUAGCAACUAGAUGUGAAUUUGGGAUUGUUGGUCAAGAGUUUACUAAGAUGGGAUGGGGCUUUGGCUUUCCAAAGGACUCUCCCUUAGCAAUUGACAUGUCAACAGCUAUUCUAAAACUAUCAGAAAAUGGUGAUCUUCAAAGGAUUCAUGACAAAUGGCUAACAAGAAGUGCUUGUAGCUCAGAAGGUGCAAAGCAAGGCAUAGAUAGGCUUGAGAUUAAGAGCUUUUGGGGCCUCUUCCUUCUUAUUGGCAUUGCAUGUUUCAUUGCUCUCUUUUGCUAUCUUACUAGAAUGACCUACCGUUUUAGGAGGCACUACUCCAAUAGUACCAACCUUGAAGUCCCAUCAUCAUCAUCAUCAUCAUCAUCAUCAUCAUCAUCAUCAUCAUCAUGCUCUUCUUGUCUUAAAUCAUUCUUUUCAUUUGUCAAUGAGAGAGAAGAUUAUUACUGCCCAAAGUAAGAAAAGACAAAAGGAAAAGUGCUCUUGUAAAAUGGUAGCAGUGUGCAUGUUGGAAAUGACAACAUCAUCACCACUAGUAAUUGUUAAAGCAUAU